UUUAUCUUCGUCCGCUGCUCGGCUGGCGAGCUUGUCGGCCUUGGGCACCCGGAGAGCUGCCCGGAGCCGACCUUCCUCCCGGGCGCGCUGCGGCCGCUUCCCAUUCUGCGCUCCUUGGCCAAGUCCCCCGAGUCGGACUCCAGCCUCAGACCACACAUGGUGAGUGAGGAGAAGAUGUCUUUAAGAAAACGCCUAACAAAACCCAGUGAAAAUACUGAAGAAAAUGAAGAUCAGAGAAACCCUACAAAGGAGUCUUUAGAGAUACCUCAUAAUGGUAACAUUGACAUGAAACAGGUAAUAGCAAAGAAGAUAAAAUUGACAGCAGAGGCAGAGGAAUUGAAGCCAUAUUUUAUGAAGGAAGUUGGCAGUCACUUUGAUGAUUUUGUGACCAAUCUCAUUGAAAAAUCAACAUCACUAGACAAUGGUGGAUGUGCUCUAACAUCAUUUUCAGUUCUUGAAGGAGAGAAAAACCAUAGAGCUAAAGAUCUGAGAGCACCUCCAGAACAUGGAAAGAUAUUUGUUACAAGACGAUCACUUUUAGAUGAGCUGUUUGAGGUGGACCACAUCAGAACAAUUUAUCACAUGUUUAUUGCCCUCCUCAUUCUCUUUAUCCUCAGCACACUUGCAGUAGAUUAUAUUGAUGAAGGAAGGCUGGUACUAGAAUUCAAUGUUAUGGCUUAUGCUUUUGGCAGAUUUAAUAUUGCCGUCUGGAUAUGGUGGGCCAUGUUCUUGUCUACACUUACAAUUCCCUAUUUCCUCUUUCAACAUUGGGCCAGACGCUACAGUAAGACUUCUCAUCCAGUGAUCCAUUCUCUUAUCCAUGGACUGCUUUUCAUGGUCUUCCAGAUAGGAGGUCUUGGUUUUGGACCAGCAUAUGUUUUGUUAGCAUAUAAACUCUUUCCAGCUUCCCGGUGCAUUGUUAUACUGGAGCAGAUUCGUUUUAUAAUGAAGGCCCAUUCUUUUGUCAGAGAAAAUGUGCCACGUGUACUAGCUGCAACUAAAGAGAAGUCAAGUACUGUUCCGAUACCGACAGUCAACCAGUACUUGUACUUCUUGUUUGCUCCUACCCUUAUCUACCGGGACAGCUAUCCCAGGACUCCUACUGUUAGAUGGGGUUAUGUUGCUAUGCAGUUUGCACAGGUUUUUGGUUGCCUUUUUUAUGUGUACUACAUCUUUGAGAGGCUCUGCGCGCCCUUAUUUCGUAAUAUCAAGCAAGAGCCCUUCAGUGCUCGUGUUCUGGUGCUGUGCAUAUUUAACUCCAUCUUGCCAGGUGCACUGAUCUUGUUCCUUACCUUUUUUGCCUUUUUGCACUGCUGGCUCAAUGCCUUUGCUGAGAUGUUACGCUUUGGUGACAGAAUGUUUUAUAAGGAUUGGUGGAAUUCCACAUCAUAUGCUAACUAUUAUAGGACCUGGAAUGUGGUGGUCCAUGACUGGCUGUAUUACUAUGCUUACAAGGACUUUCUUUGGUUAUUCACUAAGAAAUUCAAAUCGGCUGCGAUGUUAGCCGUGUUUGCUGUGUCUGCUGUGGUACACGAGUAUGCUAUGGCUCUUAGCUUGAGCUUCUUUUAUCCGGUGCUCUUUGUGCUCUUCAUGUUCUUUGGAAUGACUUUCAACUUCAUUGUCAACGAUAAUCGGAAAAGGCCAAUUUGGAAUGUUAUGAUGUGGACAUCCCUUUUUGCUGGUCAUGGCGUCCUCCUUUGUUUAUAUUCUCAAGAGUGGUAUGCACGUCAGCACUGUCCUCUGAAAAAUCCCUCGUUUCUGGAUUAUAUCCGGCCACGUUCCUGGACAUGUCGUUACGUGUUUUAGAAACUUGGAUUUUGUUUCUUCUUUGACAUUGAAGACUGGCUAUUCUGCCUUCUUUGGGGCCACCAUGUUUCCAGCUGUUACUGAAGUUACUGUGUUACUUGGACCACGCCAGACAUUACACAUGGUUUACUCCAUUCCUAGGUCACCUGAAGCUGAGUUGUGGAAGUACUGGAAUCUAGUACUCUUAAGCAGUACUCUUCCCCCACUUUUGGGAGACGGGAAACUUCAAACUGACAUAAUGACAGAUUUUUUGUGGGAUCAUACUAGCUUAAGUCUUAGUAAUUAUGUUUUUGUUUUUUUUAAUUCUGUGUAAUUGGAGACUAAACAUCAUAUUUUUGUGGCCACUGAAUUAGUCAAAACACAUGAAGAAAUUGUAGUAAUCUCUGGCUUAAAAAUUUGUAAUGCAUAUUGCUAAACUGUUUGCCAAUCAACCAUUCAAUUGGAAAAGGAAAUAAUUUUUCAUGUUUUGCUAUUUUGAGUAUGAAGAGACAAAAUAUCUAUUUUCCAAGGUAAUUUUGUUACACAUAUUAAUUUUUAUUAUCACUAUUUUUUUUUUUUAAGUUCGGUUUUCAGUUGUUUACUUGUUUUUCCCAUGCAAUAGCACAUUUUCUGUCAGGCAAAAAUAAUGUCUUUUACUUUGAAUUCUUCAGUUUGCAACCAUAUUACAUGUUGAGGGAAAUACAAAGGAGGAAGAGAAAAGUAGCACAGGGUAAAGAAAAAUAUUUUCUCUCCUAACUUCCAAAGUGAUUUUUAAAAAGACCCAGUCAUCAUGCAUUUGAAUUAAUAUAUCAUGAAACUUACGGAGAGGUAUUUUGUUUAAAGUCUAAGGAAUUAAAGAUACUUUUACAAGUAUCUUCUGAUGCAAUUGUUUUAUUGUCUAAUAAUACUAGCUUGAAUUACUUUGCAGACUACAAAGUCUGUAACAUCAGUAUUAAUCAGCUCUACUAAAAUUUAAAAUAAUUAUUAAAGAUCCAGAAGCUGGCUUCUGCAUUUGUUCAAUUAUUAUAUUUUAAUGGUAGUAUAGCGUUCUGUGAAACAAAUUAGUAUUUGAUUAUUUUCAAGAAAAUGUACUCUAUUAUGUAAUAUUCCCAUAUUAUAAGAUAUCCAUUGGUAGCACAAUGUGGUAUAUAGAAAUUAUUUUGUUUGUAUAUAUGAGGUAUAAUUAUGUGUGUAAAGAUUGAACAUUGAAAGAGAUAUCAGUGACCAUGUAGUUCAACUUUCUAUCCCACAAAUGAGACUUUUAUCCAAAUGAUUGUUACAAUUUGGUAUAGCCCAUUUAGGAGGCUAUACUGAUAUUCUAACAGCUCUACUGCUGUCCAGAUGUUUUGGGAAAUCUUGUUUGAAUUGUUUUAAAGUCAGGGUGAGUCAAACAAAUAGGUAAACAGGGUUUCUUUUAAGUCACAGUUUGACUCCUGCAUAGUCAGACAUUUUAUUCCUCAUACCUUUGAUGCAGACAACUUUGGACAGUUCUCAAACAUCAAACCCAGCUUCGACAGAUAAAAGUGCACCUCACAGGACAUCAUUAUUAUUAUUAUUA